AUGUCCGACUCACACGGCUCUCAGCACGCCAAGGCUGAGUUCCUAGACACUUGGUACCAUAACGUCACAGACACGGUCAACUUAGACAACCAAAAUUCUACAGGUAUACCCUUGCCAAUUGCUUUCUCAGAGCAAGUAUACGCCGAAGCACAGUCAGGAAUGAGUCCAGAAACGUUGGAUUUCUUGAAUGCUGCAGACCCUUUUAACCCCAAUGAGCCAAUGAUAGAGGAACCCAGCCUCGAUAUUGAUCUCACACUUGACUGGAUGGCGCCGGAUCCAUUCAGCAGUCAAUUCUUAAACAUCGGGGUCCCAGAGAAUAACGUUCCCCUCUCACAGAAUAGCAACCAGCAAUUGGUACCAUUCGGCCAGCAACCCCCAGUAUACAAUUUCCCAGAAUCUCCCUUUGACCAGUACCCAGAACAAAACCUUCAAGACAACCAAUUGUCCUCAUAUCCUUCACCCAACUUUGCCACUCGCACCAUCUCUCCGCCAUAUGGCCGCCAAGUUCUUCAAGAGUCUAGGCAACUUCUUCAUUCGGCCGCCGAAAGCCCUUACAGCAACAACACUUUGGGCCUCCAUCCAAGCCCGCAGGUUACCACUAAUUAUAACACUCACGAAACCUCUACCAUAACAAAAGGACAAACCCCAUCCUCCCUUUGUAGCCGAAAGAUUAGCCUCAACAGAGCCGCAAAGAAAAGAGGUGACCCAAGCUGCGACCCAUCUCUUUGUUAUGCGUCAGAUUCCACCAAAAUCGCCCCGUGGGGCAGUUUGUCUUGGAACGGACAGCACUUGUUCAGCUACACCUCAAAGGGACAGUGGUUGCGCGACCGUUGCUUCACCAAACAGCAAUUCCGAGAGUACGCCGACAACUGCGGGAAAGACACCGUCUUUUGGGUCCAGCAAGCCCCCACGCAGUGCAAUCAUCGGCUGGAGCCCGAGGACAGAAUCUGUCGCUGGGCGAAUUGCCCCGUCGCCAAUAGAACAAUCACGGCGGGAUGGCUUCGUGUCGCCUUUGACGAGUUCCCUCGCCUGACUUCCAGUGGAGUCCGAGAUCCGUUGAAGUGCGCUGGCUCGGUCCAUCUAUGGUGCUUUGAACAGAUUUUCAACCCUUUGGAGUUUCAUAUGUCUGGUCGUCUGCGCCCUGAAGACAGACAGUUUCCUUUCGAGGACAAGAGCGUGGUGACGCUGGAAAAGCUGACCGAUGCGGGCAUCAUAAGGGAGGCUUACCAGCCCUGGUUUGAGCAGAGAAUGUUCAGCCCCUAUGGGCAGCCUCGAGAUUAUCACGACACUCUGUCUUAUCGACUGACCAAGUAUCACAUAGAGAAUCAGACGGCAGCUCGGCAAAAGGCACGAUCGAAACGAAACGUUACCAAGUCUGAGGGCGAGCGCAGGACUAUCGAUGUCCACAUGGGCGAUCUGAAAAUGUUUGUUGAAGCCACAAAUAGAGUCAGGAGGACGAAGAAGAUCAAGAAGCUUGAAAGGGCCAAGACCGAAGACGCCGAUGGCUUGAUCAAUUCUUCUUUACGACAAUGGGCAGUUACCAGCACACGCCCAACCACGAACGCCACACAAAGGGGCAUUGUGGACUGGCGUCCAGAGCUAAAUCGAGGAGAGUCGCUCUCGCGCAAAUCAUAUCAAGCAAGAGGAGGCACUUUAGCUGAUAGAAAUUUGCAAGAGGCUUCAGGUCACAGAAUGGGACGGGUCUCUGCACGACAGACGCAGUCAUACCUAGCAGGCUUUCCUUCCCCUGAUAGCCAGAACCAGGAUUCUAAUACAUACCAGUUCAAUCCUCAACUCGACUCAAGCAUGAAUAGCAGGCAGCCGCCGAGCUAUUUUGACCCCUUGAGCACAGCUCCUUAUUCAAGGCAGUCAGCUAUUCGACCCUCGAUCACUCCGGUGGGCACAUUCCCCAGCUACUCCCAGAAUAGUCACAUGGACAUUUCUAAUCACAACUACUCUCAGAAUGCUCUGAGACAAAGGUUCAACAGGGCAACUCGCUCAGACCUUAGGCCGAUCAUAACGCAGCCUCUGCAACAACACGCCUACUCUUUGAACCGCUCAAUAAAGCGUGAUGCCUUUACUCAGACAAUAGGAGAGAAGCUGCAGUUGCCUGGAGGCGGCAGCAGUACGGGCCUCUUUGACUCACACCGAGGGUUUAUCCUGACUCGCGAGGAGCCGGAUUUUGAUCUUCUCAUUGACCCUAGGAUAUCCGAGGAUGAGCUAGAGAUUGGCCAAUACCAGAAAGAAGCUCGUAGUGAAGCUCACAAACCAAUGGGUUCAGAUGCAUCUCAGCCUCCAGGAAUCAUCGACUGUCCCGUGAGCCCGCGAGCUACAGCUACAUCACCACAUUGGGAUAGCCUCAUAGAUUUUGGCGGUGCUGAUGGUGCUAGUCUUUCUCCUCUGUCCAAAUACCUUACAACCACCAAUGGGAUUGAUGGUGAGAGAGCCACAGCUCUUACUGGCGUCAGUGUACAACAUGUAAGCAGUCCCGAAGUGGCCCGCUUUAAGCGGAAGCAUCUCAGCCUCAGCGAGGCCACGCAAAGCAGGCAAGGCGGCAAAAGACGGCGCACGGAUACCUCAUCAUUGUAG